GAAUUGUAUACUGUUCUUGUCAAGCUUAGAUUGACAUGGUCAAGGCCAAAUAAUAUUUGAGAAAAGCUGAAAAUCACUUUGAGCAGUAAUAAUUCUCAAAAGCAGUGACAGCCUCUGUUCCUUGUGUAAGGGGUUCUCAAACUUUUUGGGGCCGGGGACCCCUUUUGUGACAACAAAUUAACCCGUCCCAGAGCACAACUCGAGUGAGCUAAAAAUGGCAUACAAAGACUUUUACUAUGACUUUGGCAGUGCAUGGCCGGACGAACCAAGUCUCUGGUAUAGGUCUUCCUGGCCCGUCAUGCUGACCGCACAGAGGACAUGUGUCGCUCUGGCUGCACGCCGACUUCUAGGAGCUCCCUGCUCCUCACACGGAUUCAUCAACACACGCUCACAGACGCACUCCCGACAGUUUCGUACCGCAACGCCCUGUCAGGAUGAAGUGGACCUGCACCCGGAGUGGGCCAGCCUGGCCAAAAAACAACUGAAAGGGAAGAACCCAGAAGACCUGAUCUGGCGCACGCCGGAGGGCCUCAACAUCAAACCCGUCUACACUAAAGCAGACUCUGCAACGAAGCCAGACGAACUGCCGGGGGUCUUCCCUUACACUAGGGGGCCCUACCCCACCAUGUACACGUUCAGGCCCUGGACCAUCAGGCAGUAUGCUGGCUUCAGCACCGUGGAGGAGAGCAACAAGUUCUACCGGGACAACAUUAAAGCGGGUCAACAGGGUCUCUCGGUGGCCUUCGACCUCCCGACUCACCGCGGGUAUGACUCCGACAACCCCCGUGUCCAUGGCGAUGUCGGAAUGGCGGGGGUCGCCAUAGAUACCGUGGAGGACACCAAGAUGCUGUUCGACGGAAUCCCGCUGGAGAAGAUGUCGGUUUCUAUGACGAUGAAUGGAGCGGUGAUCCCGGUGCUGGCCAUGUUCAUCGUGACUGGGGAGGAGCAGGGGGUGCCCAAGGAGAAGCUGACGGGAACUAUCCAGAACGACAUCCUGAAGGAGUUCAUGGUGCGCAACACCUAUAUCUUCCCCCCGGAACCUUCCAUGCACGCCAUCGCUGAUAUCUUUGCCUACACAUCCAAGCACAUGCCCAAGUUCAACUCCAUCUCCAUCAGUGGUUACCAUCUCCAGGAGGCCGGGGCGGACGCCAUCUUGGAGGUGGCCUACACCAUCGCCAACGGCCUGGAGUACUGCCGCACUGGGCUGAAAGCUGGCCUCACUAUAGACGAGUUCGCCCCCAGGCUGUCAUUCUUCUGGGGUAUCGGUAUGAACUUCUACAUGGAGAUUGCCAAGCUGAGGGCAGGCAGGAGGCUGUGGGCCAUGCUCAUUAAGGAGAAGUUCCAACCCAAGCUGGCCAAGUCUCUGCUCCUCAGGACCCACUGUCAGACCUCAGGCUGGUCCCUCACUGAACAGGACCCGUAUAACAACGUGGUGCGUACUGUGAUCGAGGCGAUGGCUGCGGUGUUCGGGGGGACCCAGUCUCUACACACCAACUCUUUUGACGAGGCUUUGGGUCUACCAACGGUGAAGAGCGCCCGCAUCGCACGCAACACACAGAUAAUCAUCCAAGAGGAGUCUGGGAUACCCAAGGUCGCCGACCCCUGGGGUGGGUCACACAUGAUGGAGGCGCUGACCGACGAUGUCUACAACACUGCCCUAAAGUUUAUCAAUGAGAUCGAAGAGAUGGGAGGCAUGGCCAGAGCUGUGGCUGAAGGCAUUCCUAAACUACGCAUCGAGGAGUGUGCUGCUCGCAGACAGGCUCGCAUCGACUCAGGUUCGGAGGUGAUUGUUGGGGUGAAUAAGUACCGUCUAGAGAAAGAGGAGUCCGUUGAUGUGCUGGCUAUCGACAACACCAACGUACGCAACAAGCAGAUCGACAAACUCAAGAAGGUGAGGGAGAGUCGUGAUGCUGAGGUGGCGAAGAGGUGUCUGUCGGCCAUAGAGGAGUGUGCUCGUACCAGGGAGGGGAACCUGCUGGGGCUGGCUGUGGAGGCUGCUAGAGCCAGAUGUUCUGUUGGGGAGAUCACGGAUGCCAUGAAGGUUGUGUUUGGGGAACAUAAAGCCAGCACCAGGAUGGUGAGCGGAGCCUACCGCAGCGAGUUCGGAGAGCAUGAGGAGAUCUCCACAGCACACAACCGGGUGGUGGAAUUUAAGAAGCAUGAGGGCAGGAACCCUCGUCUGCUGGUGGCCAAGAUGGGCCAGGACGGCCAUGACAGGGGGGCAAAGGUCAUCGCUACGGGAUUCGCUGACCUGGGAUUUGACGUUGACAUUGGACCGCUCUUCCAGACCCCCCUGGAGGUGGCCCAGCAGGCGGUAGAUGCAGACGUCCACUGUGUUGGGGUCAGCACGCUGGCCGCAGGACACAAGACCCUGGUCCCAGAGCUUAUCAAGGAGCUUCGUAACCUCAACCGCCCUGACAUCUUGGUCAUCUGUGGAGGGGUCAUCCCACCUCAGGACUAUGAGUUCCUGUACCAGAGUGGUGUGUGCUGUAUCUUCGGCCCCGGGACGAGAAUCCCUCAGGCUUCAGUAGAGGUGAUAGACAACAUUGAGAAGAGCCUGGACAAGAUCCGCCAGGCCAUGUAGACAGAUUGCUGAUGAACAAUAUAACUCAAUAAUAGAGUGUGUGUGUGUGUGUGUGUGUGUGUGUACGUGUGUACACAGCGAUGGGAAGAAGGUGCAAACAUCGGCUUGUGAUCCCUGCACAGGUUGAUAGAAUAGCGCAAUGAGAUUGUGACAUGAAUAUAUUCAUAAUGACUGUGUAAAUUUUGUCCUAAACCACAACCAAUAAUAUACAGUUUAGUCUACAGAUCUCUUAGUCUGUCUUCAUCAGCGUUUCUCAAUCCAUUUCUGGAGGACACCCCUGUUCAUCUAAUCAAGGACUUGGUGAUUGGUUGUGUACAGUAAGUGCUGGGUUUGAAAACGUGUUCUUUCUGAGCACUCCCCUAAGGAUAGAUUGUGAAACACUGAUAUGGGGCGGCUGGUAGCCUAGUGGUUAGAGCGUUGGACUUGUAACCGAAAUCGAAUCCCCGAGCUGACAAGGUAAAAAUCUGUCAUUCUGCCGCUGAACAAGGCAGUUAACCCACUGUUCCUAGGCCGUCAUUGAAAUUAAGAAUUUGUUCUUAACUGACUUGCCGAGUUAAAUAAAGGUAAAGAAAUAAAGUAAAUAUAGACAGAUGUUUGUGAAAACUGAAAAUAUAAUAGUGUGAAAUCUGCACAGGAUAUUAUGGUAGAACAAGGAGAUUGUGGAAAUAUUCGUAAUAACUUUUAUCUAAAGUCCAUGUUAUCUAAACUCACUGAAUUUAUGUUGUCAAUAAAAAUAAUGUGAUACGUUUGCUGUAACAGCUUAAGGUUUUCCAUGGUUCAGAUGAGAUAUUGAAUCUGAUCAAUAAGAUCAUUAACUUUAACAAAACUUAUCUUGAUUACUUAUCAAUUUGGGUUUUUACUGCUGGCUAACUUCAAAAUUACUUUGCGCGUAGUAUCGCGAAGAUACACUACCGUAUGACCUUUUUAUUUAUCCAGGUAGAUUAUAGAGAAGUUGAGAACACAUUCUCUUUAACAAUAACAACCUGGCAAUAGGAUAGUCAUUUGGCAUAUUAGGUCAUUUCUCUCACAAUCAUUUUUACUUUCUCUCUUCCUUGUUCUGUGUGAAAAUGAGAAACAUGCCAGACCCUUUAACCCCAGAACUCGCCCUCAGACAAAUGGUAAUGACUAAAUUGAAUACAUUGACACCGGGAACAAAUUCUGACUUGGAAGUCCUAAGAGCAGCUUUGACCCCCAUACGUAAAUCACUUAUUAUGUAACAAUGGGUUGGAGAUUUACCUGAUUCUCACUUCUCCAGUUAGAGAUUCUAACUGAUAGAGAGAUUACCUCAAGCAGGACAGAUCAGACAUGUUAGACAAUACAAAGUGGGCCGUUGCUGGCUAUGUUACUGUAUGUAUUUGGUCAGAUAUCCUUUUGCCUUUAUGUUCAAGCUUUUGUAUUGUCUCUUAUUUUUUGAAUUGUCUGCUGGAGCUUUGAACCAGUUUAUUGGAAUAAGAGUUGAGUGCUGUGGAGACUGAUUACAUAUCCGCUGAUUGCCAUCGACUUGCUCAUGUCUCGGCUCUCGAUAACAUAAAGCUCAACAGCUCUCUC